AGAUGCUGUCACUGGAACGAUACGGAUUGCCUUGAACACGAUCGAGGACUCAAAUACGAUCAGAAGCUCCUGAGAUCUGUCCAGAAUGCCAGCCACAUGGCCCCAACUUGCUCUGAUCGAUGCAGCAGCAUUCGGUUAUUAUUGGAUAGUCAGAUUCCUUCUCUGGACUGGAGUAGACGUGAAUUGCAAAGAUGAUCAAGAGAACAUGUUAACUCCAAUCAUCAUCGCCUCGAUUAAUGAACACCAAGAGGUGGUGGAUCUGUUGAUUAAAGCGGGGGCGAAUAUAGAACAAGUCAACGAUCAGGGAAGAACUCCGUUAGGGUGUGUUUCGAUAGAAGGACACCAAGAGGUGGUGAAUCUGUUGAUUAAAGCGGGGGCGAAUAUAGAAUGUAAAGCCAAUAACGGGAAUACUCCAAUCAUCAGCGCCUCGAUUAAUGGACACCGAGAGGUGGUGGAUCUGUUGAUUAAAGCGGGGGCGAAUAUAGAAUGUAAAGACAAUGACGGGUAUACUCCAAUUAUCAUCGCCUCGAUUAAUGGACACCAAGAGGUGGUGGAUCUGUUGAUUAAAGCGGGGGCGAAUAUAGAACAAGUCAACGAUCAGGGAAGAACUCCGUUAGGGUGUGUUUCGAUAGAAGGACACCAAGAGGUGGUGAAUCUGUUGAUUAAAGCGGGGGCGAAUAUAGAAUGUAAAGCCAAUAACGGGAAUACUCCAAUCAUCAGCGCCUCGAUUAAAGGACACCAAGAGGUGGUGGAUCUGUUGAUUAAAGCGGGGGCGAAUAUAGAAUGUAAAGCCAAUAACGGGAAUACUCCAAUCAUCAGCGCCUCGAUUAAAGGACACCGAGAGGUGGUGGAUCUGUUGACGGGGGCGAAUAUAGAAUGUAAAGACAAUGACGGGGAUACUCCAAUUAUCAUCGCCUCGAUUGAAGGACACCAAGAGGUGGUGGAUCUGUUGAUUAAAGCGGGGGCGAAUAUAGAACAAGUCAACGAUCAGGGAAGAACUCCGUUAGGGUGUGUUUCGAUAGAAGGACACCAAGAGGUGGUGAAUCUGUUGAUUAAAGCGGGGGCGAAUAUAGAAUCGGGGGCGAAUAUAGAAUGUAAAGACAAUGACGGGUAUACUCCAAUUAUCAUCGCCUCGAUUAAUGGACACCAAGAGGUGGUGGAUCUGUUGAUUAAAGCGGGGGCGAAUAUAGAACAAGUCAACGAUCAGGGAAGAACUCCGUUAGGGUGUGUUUCGAUAGAAGGACAGCAAGAGGUGGUGGAUCUGUUGAUUAAAGCGGGGGCGAAUAUAGAAUCGGGGGCGAAUAUAGAAUGUAAAGACAAUGACGGGGAUACUCCAAUUAUCAUCGCCUCGAUUGAAGGACACCAAGAGGUGGUGGAUCUGUUGAUUAAAGCGGGGGCGAAUAUAGAAUGUAAAGCCAAUAACGGGAACACUCCAAUCAUCUUCGCCUCGAAUAAUGGACACCAAGAGGAAUGUAAAGACAAUAUCGGGAAUACUCCAAUUAUCAUCGCCUCGAUUAAAGGACACCAAGAGGUAGUGGAUCUGUUGAUUAAAGCGGGGGCGAAUAUAGAACAAGUCAACGAUCAGGGAAGAACUCCGUUAGGGUGUGUUUCGAUAGAAGGACACCGAGAGGUGGUGGAUCUGUUGAUUAAAGCGGGGGCGAAUAUAGAAAGUAAAAACAAUAACGGAAAUACUCCAAUCAUCAGCGCCUCGUAUAAAGGACACCAAGAGGUGGUGGAUCUGUUGAUUAAAGCGGGGGCGAAUAUAGAAUCGGGGGCGAAUAUAGAAUGUAAAGACAAUAGCGGGAAUACUCCAAUCAUCAUCGCCUCGAUUGAAGGACACCUAGAGGUGGUGGAUCUGUUGAUUAAAGCGGGGGCGAAUAUAGAAUGUAAAGACAAUAACGGGUAUACUCCAAUCAUCAUCGCCUCGAUUAAAGGACAACAAGAGGUGGUGGAUCUGUUGAUUAAAGCGGGGGCGAAUAUAGAAUGUAAAGACAAUAGCGGGAAUACUCCAAUCAUCAUCGCCUCGACUAAUGGACAUCAAGAGGUGGUGAAUCUGUUGAUUAAAGCGGGGGCGAAUAUAGAAUGUAAAGACAAUAACGGGUAUACUCCAAUCAUCAUCGCCUCGAUUAAAGGACAACAAGAGGUGGUAGAUCUGUUGAUUAAAGCGGGGGCGAAUAUAGAAUCGGGGGCGAAUAUAGAAUGUAAAGACAAUGACGGGAAUACUCCAAUCAUCUUCGCCUCGAUUGAAGGACACCAAGAGGUGGUGAAUCUGUUGAUUAAAGCGGGGGCGAAUAUAGAACAAGUCAACGAUCAGGGAAGAACUCCGUUAGGGUGUGUUUCGAUAGAAGGACACCAAGAGGUGGUGGAUCUGUUGAUUAAAGCGGGGGCGAAUAUAGAAUCGGGGGCGAAUAUAGAAUGUAAAGACAAUAUCGGGAAUACUCCAAUUAUCAUCGCCUCGACUGAAGGACAUAAGGAUGUGGUGGAUCUUUUAAUUAAAGGGGGUGCUAUCAUUGAACACAGUAACCAUCAAAACGACACUGCAAUAGUUUGCGCAGCUAAAUCGAGUAAUGUUGAAAUUGUAGACCUUUUGUUGGAAAAAGGUGCUUGUUCCAAAAGUGCUAGUUAUGGAUCGAUAUUAAAUAUCGGUGCGACAUUUGGAAGACGACGGAUCGUUGAAUAUCUUCUGAGACGCGAGAUGUCCUCAGAAAGCCGUGACUCGAAAGGAAAUACCCCAUUGCAAAAUGCAAUCGUAAACGGUCAUCUCUCAGUGGUCCAACUCCUAAUAAAUAGUGGAGCAAAUACAUCCAUAUUGAACUUUACUUCAGAGAAUAUUAUGUAUUCUGCUGCUUCGUGUGGCCAUGCCGAUAUCGUGAAAUACUUGGGAAGCAGAGAUACACGGAAGUUAUUGGAUUUGCACAAUGCCAGUGGGUGGUCUCCUAUUGCCAAGGCAGUUUCAGGUGGUCAUUUUCGGACAGUUAGACAACUUCAUCAGCUUGGAGCUGACAUCAACUGCAGUGUAGAUGGAAAAGGACUACUUCAACUAGCAGCUGAGUCCGGUUGCCUAGAUAUCUAUCAAUAUCUCAUCAUCGCUGGGCUUGACUGCAAACGACCCAACAUCCAUGGGCUGAGGGCUUACGAAUGCUUCCCCUUUCAAUCAAAAGUUGAUUAUCAAGCAUGCAAUCGAUUAGGACAUUCCUCCGAACAAGGUCUCUCUUACGUCAUGUCGGGAUUAAAUGGCCAGGAUGCUACACUCCAGUAUAAACACAAACUAUCAGAACUAUCAGGUAUACCGGGACUAGGCAGAGUGAAUAUUAUCGAGGGUGGUGUUUCAGAAACUGUCAUGAAGUUUGUAAAAGAGGAGGAGGUUGUUAAGGGUUUAGAGUUAUGCGGAAGUUCGGCUGAGGGCACGAAGGUUCAGCUGCCUGACGAAAUGGAUUUCCUUAGAUUACCAUUUUCCGAUCAUCUCUCUCGAAACGAAGUGGUUGACACCUUACAUGGGUAUAAGUAUAUACAAGCUAGAAACUUUAAGAACAGGUUUUUAUCAAGUAAAGCAAUCCAUGAGAUUGUAAGCGAAAGCGUAGAAUCCAGAGCAAAAGCCAAAGAGUCUAAAAAAAGAGGAGAAAUCCUUUCGCAGGCAGUUGCUGGAGGAGGCGGUGCCAGUGUUCCUGUGACUAUCAGAUGGCCCGAUAAUAAACCUUCAAAACGCAUUGUCUCAGAGCAUAUAAUAACAACCUUACCUGUAGAUGAUUGGCUCGAUGAUUGGCAAGAUGAUUGGUCCGAUGAUGCACUACAGAAAAAAGAAUCUGAAAGUGAGCUGAUGCUAGAAGAGGAUGGGCCAGUGUUCCUGUGA